AUGAGAAGUUGUGACGUACGAGCACGCGUGACGACGAUCGAUCGAAGAAUAAUCCGCCCGCUCCAACCUCUACUUUGGAUUCGUCAGCCCGCCGAGCCCGCUCCACGACCCCGACAGCGCCGCCGCCGCUUCCUGCCUCGCGACCGCCUCCACCGCCGCGAUCGCCUCGUCGUCCGCGCGCGCCUCCUGCGCGCUCCGCGCGUACCCGCCCGUCAUCCCGUACGACAACCGAUACAACAGCGACCCCGGCGGCGCGCCCGCGUCGACGAUGACGUCGCGCUCCGACACCCCGCCGCGGUUCACCGCCCCCGGGCCCGACCCGGCGACGCGCUCCGGGUGCGUGUCGAUGUCCACGCCCGAGUUGGACGCGUCCGAGGAGGCGAGGUCGGUACUCGCCGCGGCGGCGGCGGCGCUCGUCGUCGAGGCGUGGUGGCUCGCGUCGUGAUGAUGCCGCGGCGUGAACACGGCGCUCUGGACGUAGGCGAGCGCGGCGGCGGCGGAGCCGCCGCCGCCCGCCGCCGCGGAGAUGCCGAGCAGCGCGCCGCUGAUGCCUAA